GCUUCCCACUCCAGGAAAAGCGUGCGAAAACCGCUCGGAAAAUUCGGCGAGUUUCCCGACAAAUUUUCCGACCACCUGUACGCGUUGAAAGCGAUUUUUUUUUCAAAGGUCCCGAUGAUGUAGUGUAGAAAAAGUGCAUCUGUUAUGGUAUAAAGUAGAAGUUUAAAACAGUUCUAUUGACCAAAAUGACAACCAUGUUUUCAGCCACAACAGAGCCAACACUAACGAACGCCUCCUGCGAUGUAGUUUCAGACCACCAUAUCAACAAGAAUGUAGUGUUUACUAGUGCAGUAUACACCAUGUACGGUACGAUUUUCCUGAUGGCCCUUCUAGGUAACGUGUUCGUGUGCUACAUAGUACUGCAAUCGCCCAGAAUGCGAACUGUCACUAACUAUUUCAUCAUGAACUUAGCCGUGGGUGAUAUAUUGACAGCGCUGCUGUGCGUACCGUUCACGUCAGUGCCGGUACUAUUGCAGUACUGGCCUUUCGGGUCGUUCAUGUGUACUCUAGUGAAUUACGUGACUGCGCUUAGUGUUUUCGUCAGUGCUUACACUCUGGUUGCCAUAAGUAUAGACAAAUACAUGCUGAUCAUGUACCCCUUGAAGCCGAGGAUCUCCAAAAGGUCGGCAACAUGGAUUAUAGCGGGGGUAUGGGUGUUUGCUGGUAUCACCGUGCUGCCCAGUGGUAUAUUUGCCCGUGUCUAUCAACCACAAUACAACGAUACAGAAUACGCAAACGAGACGGUGGAACCUGAAAAUAAGUACAUAAAAUGCGACAAAUAUAUAUGUCAGGAAGACUACAGAGCUGUUGGUGACAAUUACCGUUCGAUCUACACCACGCUAUUGAUGGUUAUGCAGUACAUUGUUCCCUUGAUCGUUUUGCUAUUCACUUAUACCAGCAUAGCUGCGGUUAUUUGGUGCCACAGGAUUCCUGGCGAAGCGGAGAAUCUGAGAGAUAAGAGAAUGGCCCGCUCCAAGAGGAAGAUGAUAAAAAUGAUGAUUACUGUGGUAUUCGUCUUCACUCUCUGCUGGUUGCCAUACAACAUGUUCAUGAUUUUUCAAGAAGACAUCUAUUCGGAUGUCAAACCGUACGUGUUCUUCGCUCUUCACGGUUUGGCAAUGUCGCACGCCUGCUACAACCCUAUCAUCUACUGCUACAUGAACAGCCGGUUUAGGGACGGACUAUUCCAUAUCUGCAGAAUGCUACCGUGCUGCAAGGGAUGCUACAUGCGAAAAAACCGAGGAUCGUUGUCAUCUACAUUCCAUAGACAUGCCGGUCUGGAAGGUAGCGAAAGCACCUCCCUCCAAAGGAACAACACCUUCACCACGUACAUAACCCUAAACAGGAAAAACCGACUGUCCACCUACCAGACACCGUCACGGUCAGCGUCGCUGAUGAAGAACGUCAACAACGUCAACGGUGCAGGUGCUGGCUACGUCAGACGCAAGAGAUCAUCUAAGGAAAUGGCUGACGAGCCAAUAUAAUCGACCCAAUGAGCUGGAUCAUUUUAGGUUAUGGUUGAUUUCGACAAGGGAGGACUCAGGUCAGGGAGACCUAGCCAAAGAAGAAGGAUACUUUGGCUAUGAUGGAUGAUAUGAGAGAAAAUGACGCGUGAUCAUAUACAGGAAAUUUGUAAAUUCUAUUGGUUAUAUAAUAGCAUAUCUAUGAAUGUACAGGGCGGGUCAAAUUCGA